AUGUCUUCAAUUAAGAUAAUUGUAUGUAUUUUAGUGGUCACAGUCUCAGCCAAUCUUGUGGUCAGCGAACAAACCAAUACUUGUGCCGACGAAGAGGCAUACGUUGCUCUCUGUCAGGCGAGCGAUGGUCAGCCAAAUCAGGAAAAGAGAUCCAACACUAAGACAGCGGUAAAACCGAGUUUGAAGAGAAGUGUGAAGACCAGCCCAACCUUCGCUCACGAGUGUCAGUCAUUUGUUGGCAAAUUUUGUGACGGAAAGGCCACGAGUGUUGUCAACCCUACCGCUGCUGCAAACCCUAGCAUUAGCUCUUCAAUGGCCACGACUGGCAAACCCGUUGGUAAAGUCAAUGGCAGUCAAAAGCAAUAUCUCAAACCAUUGGUGACAAUGAGUGACAAAAAUGCCAUCACUCGAUGGGAAACGUUUAACGGAUCUAUCGGUGCGGACGGCCGUAAUAUGAAGAAUAGUACCGAUCAUGUGAUGCAACAAUCGUUUAGGCAAUUAAAGCGAUACAAACGAAACAUUUAUCACGAUAUGGCUGUAGAGGCGGAAGCGGAACCAAACGCCGACCGAUCCGACAGUCUUGAAGUGAGUCGACCGAUGAAUUACGGAUCAAAUGACUUCCCAAUGAAAGGCAUAAUUAUGCCUAAUUGUGGUAAAUCCCAUAAAUUGGCGCAACGGGUAGUCGGGGGUAAAGACGCUGAAGAGGGCGCCUAUCCUUGGAUUGCAGCCAUACUGAAGAACGGCGACGGCUGGUGUGGAGGCGCCAUAUUAAAUGAGUGGUGGAUUAUCACUGCAUCCCAUUGUUUUAUGGCAUCAAUGGAUCCAAAGGAGUACGUGGUUCGGGUCGGGACAAUUAACCGUAAUGUUGGGGCCACUUAUAAGAUUGAAAAACUGAUCAUGCACGAACGUUUUCAUUUGGACAGUAUGUUCAACUCGGAUAUUGCACUUCUCAAAGUGGAGCGACCCAUAAAAAUGGGCGAUCGGGUGAACGGCAUAUGUCUGCCGACCACUUCGUUCGAGGAGCCGAUGACCGCCAAUCUGGUGAUCACCGGUUGGGGCGUCACUAAGUUUCAGGACAAAGAACUGCCGGUCAUUCUCCAAGAGGUCACUCUCCCGAGGAUUAGCGACGGCGAGUGUGUCAUCAAAUACCAGCCCCGAUCGCAGACUAUUUAUAAGUCACAACUUUGUACGUGGGCUCAGGGCAAGGACGCGUGUCAGGGUGAUUCUGGUGGUCCUGCAAUUGAGGUACAAAACUCACGAGCAGUGCUAAUAGGGAUCGUGUCGUAUGGGGCCAAAUGCGCGGGUGCAAUUUAUUGCGAUAAAUCAAUUAAAACAUCAAAGAGUAAUCCAAAGGAAAACAUUAGGGAUAAGACAAAUGUUAGAAUAACAGACAAAUGGUUUGCCGAAUCACUGCAUGUCGUGAACAGCACCGCAGAUAUUAUCACAAACAUCGACGGCAACGGCGACGCCGACGAUAAGCUACUUGAGGCCGGUUUCGGAGUGAGUAAACCAAAGCCGUGGCGCAGGGAUGACGAAGAGGCCAUCGAUAGGAACGUGAACGCGGAGAUAGCCAUCGAUUUGGACACUCCGGCCGAUAAACCCGCUUCUGAGGAGCGAAAGCGCGAUAAAUAUCCGGCCCUCGACCUCAUUAAUGCCAAGGGAUGUGGUGUUCAGGAAAUAGAGAAUAUGCGGAUUGUGAACGGAAAGGACGCCAAACCCGGUGCCUAUCCAUGGAUAGUGUCUAUACUAAGGAAUGGCGAUCCCUGGUGUGGAGGCAGUAUAAUCAACAACAAGUGGAUACUUACGGCCGCGCAUUGCACGACAUAUAAGGUGGACAAAAUUAUAGUACACGAGCGUUUUCACCUUGAUAACAUGUUCAACUCGGAUGUGGCACUCAUGCGCGUAAACCGGGCAAUCAAAAUGAGCAAGCUCGUCAAACCAGUAUGUGUGCCCACUGUUGCCUUCGAGGACGCCAAAACCAAGACCCUGCUAGUGGUUGGUUGGGGUCAGACCAGCUUCGAGAACAAGGAUUUGCCCACUAAUUUGCAAGAAGUCAUUUUGAAUCGCAUCGAUAUGGAUGAGUGCGCCCGCAAAUACAGGGCCAAAGGCAACACUAUUUACUUUUCCCAAAUGUGCACUUGGAAUAAGGGUCAGGACGCCUGCCAGGGAGAUUCUGGUUCGCCGGCUAUUGAAUGGAAAAACAAAGCGGCAUAUGCUGUGGGACUUGUCUCGUAUGGAUCCACCUGUGCUGAUGAUAUGCCCGGAGUCUAUACAAAAGUAUCGUAUUUUAUUGAUUGGAUUCUCAAGAAUAUCUACGAAAACAGUAGUAAAGAGCAGUGA